AGGCAAGUUGGAGCUAGGCUCGAAAUGGGAGAUGAGGUAGUGCAAGCUGCUUUGGUCCUCUUUCAUCGCCAGAACACUUUCCUCUAUUUCCGACAUGUCCUUCCAAAUCACGUCUUUGUCGAUCCUCAAAUUCCACUCGAUAUUGUCAAUUCAAUUGUUCGAUUCAGUUAUAAAGUAAGUUCUGGUGAGUUGAAAGGCUUUCUUGCGAAAUAUGUCACACAAUUGCACAAUGGCUUUAUCACAGAAGAAUUGCUUGCCUGUGAUACAAUUUCCCCUCACUUCGAAAAAGGCAUCUAUGAGGUUCAUGAUAAUAUACAGCUCUUAUGUCACACCUUCACCUUAGCUUCAAUGCGGCCUGACACGUACAAGAACAAAAAAGUCUCUGCAUCUGCCGACAUGCAAAUAAAUGAACCAGCCCUAGUCGAAGAAAAAAACAAAGAAUACCUUAUGAUGUGUUUAAAGCCUGCCAUUCCUGAUCAGAAACUCCAUAACAACAUCCCUAAGCGUUCAGACACAGUUCCACUAAUCGUCAAGUUCAGCAGUGGCUGUGCUCCCCUUGGCUGCUUCAGCGGCAUUAUCUCUUGUCUUAUCUCACAAUAUUGCUGGCAAGUUAUCAGUAAAGACAACGUUCCCAAAUGUCUUGCCCGCAACAUUGCCUCUCUCCACGACCCAGACCUUCUUGUGAAUGUUGUUCUUGUUGACUUCACCCAACAUCUUGAGAUCCAUAACGACUCUGAUCUCGUCAUUCGCGAUUCACCUGCAGAUAUCUGCAGUCAGGUCUACACAAAGGUGACUGGUGCAAUUGAAAAGGUUUUUGGAAUCAUGCACAUUAGCCAAGAGCAGAUAAAUGUAUCACCUGCCGUUUUUUGUCGCUGUCCAGACCAACAAGAAAGGCACUUUGCCUCAUUUGUACGUUCCAAUGGCAAAUAUUUUCUUUGCUGCGACAAUUCAAAAUCUACAUUUGCACCAAGUGUGGAGCAACUCUUAUGGAUGGGUGUAGGUGGACAACUAGUUGCAAAAAGGCCACGGACUGGGGAUCAACCGGACUUGAUCCAGCCCUCUCACAUUUGCACAGCAGCGUCCUUUUCCUCAUGUACUUUAGAGGAUCGGAGUUUCUGCUGAAAUGAAUACAGCCUCGUACUAGUGCAGAUCAAUAACAAGUGCCUCAUCUAUCCGAAUAGCAGAAGAUACAUUGCCAUUCUCUGUGCAAGCAAGGAUGCCAGUGGUCACGGGGACAGCUACCAUCGCUGGGUGUAUUCUGCUUGGAGGGGGGUGCUUAUGAGAAUGAAAGCCAUAAUUGUGCUCAAGCCUAAGCAAAAAAUUUCACAUUCCCAAUAGUCCUAUACUACUAUCACAAUUUAGAAAAUAUACCUGCACGUGAAGCCAGGGCUGUCAAAAUAAUUUUACCGUCCGUCUUAGCACAAGGUUGUAAACAUCAGUGUAGCUAUUCGCACAUCUUGAAAUCCACAAAAUGUCCAAGGUCGAUUCUAGGAGGAGUAAAAACGGUGUGGUUUUCCUAGCUUCUCUUGCCUAUUGGCUCGCUAACUGCUUGCCCAGAACGCUAGACAGACUGACACAAGUGAUGUUCCCUUCCCCUCGCAUAGUGUGUGUUUUAUGUCAUGUGCACACACGAUGCAUGCGAAUUGCGAAUUCUCAGGAUACUGUCCGAGUUUGUUUACGAGGGCCUGAAAGUCAAGAUUCUCGGAAAAAUGGCAGCCCUGCAUAAAACACUUUUUUAUGAACAUAACACAGAGAAUAUUAAAUUGGAGUAGCUAUGGGAGAACCUUAAUCGCCAGGUCCAAUCUGUUUUCCUUGUUAAAGGCUGAUCCAUACAUAGUUAUUUGCCCAAUAAUUAACACGAUAUUUUACGGAGGUAAAUAGGGUCGGAGGGUUGUAGCCUUAUUUGUCUUUGUACGAAGAGAUUAUGCAUAGUGAUGAGGGCGACAACUUGCAUCCACAAAAAAUAGCAAUACCCAACCAUAGAGCGAGAGACUUUCAAGCUGGGAGCUUAUUCAAUAGCAACCACACACAAAAUAGCACUGAAGUCUUAUUAUACACCAUCUAGUUGUUGAUUUAGUGGCUUUCUGCAUUUAAGAACAAUCAAUAUGAAGCGUUCUCGCUCAUAAAAUGGCAUAGGUUUGUGUAAGUUAACUCUUUUGGUGGGACGUUAUUGUAGAAGAAUUAUUUUCCACUUGGCCAAAGGGCACUUCUUCUUUCACCCCAUUGGGACUUUUUAUCCCUACCACUAAGGCAAACUCUGGGUCUACAUUACUGAAGAUAAUGAAUGAAGAAAUUGCGAAAUUUCGGGUGCUCAAAGAGUACUUAUAGCAACUUUUACGAAAACUAGAGUGUAUUAGAGCGCUGGUAGAUACUCUUUAUAGGGAUAGCACGGGUCAAAUCUCACGUGAUCUGCAUACAAAAUGCAUCAAAACUCGGCGAGAAGGAAGGUUUCAAAAUCACUAUAUGGGCCA